UCGGACGAGUAAGAAACGUGAUCUAAUGGCAAAACAACAACUUCCGGGUGGGUCCACAUGACUUCCUCUCAAUGGCGGCGCCUAUAGUAGAGCAGGCUGUGGAGUGAAGGGCGGUGAAUGUAACUUCUGGUCUGUCAGGAGAUUAGACAGGACACCCAGGACCUUCCACUAUGGUUCAUCUAACUCAGCAGAUCCUGAAGCGUUACCAUGGCGGUUACGUGGUGAUCAGAAUGGCGGUCGGUGGCUGCACUAAUAGACCUUUUUAUCGUAUUGUCGCUGCCCAUAAUAAGCGGGCACGGGACGGGAAGCAUCUGGAUAAGCUCGGAACGUACGACCCCCUACCCAAUGUGUAUAAUGAGAAGCUGGUCAGCCUCAACCUGGAUCGGAUCAAGUACUGGAUCGCCUGUGGGGCGCACGUGACUAAACCUGUCGCCAAGAUACUAGGACUUGCCGGAUUUUUUCCAUUGCACCCAAUGACCAUAACUGAUGCCGAGAGGUUACGAAAAGCGAAGGAUAAAGCAUCUGCUCAGCCUGAGGGGACCCUGGAGGAGGCCGAGGCCUGAGGAGGGGGCCGAGGCCUGGGGGAGGGGGCCGAGGC